AAAAGCCCUCCAGGGGAUGUACGCUCUGGAGAUGGUGAUAGCGCAAGUCUGCAGAAGAGGCUACAGAGAGAGGCAUGGUCUCCCAUUUCCACCACAACCCCUGAUACCAGCGAGGCUCCCAGGACUAGAAAAACCUCCUUCUGGCAACGCUGGUCUCUUCAUAACAAGAAAAGCCCUCCAGGGGAUGUACGCUCUGGAGAUGGUGAUAGCGCAAGUCUGCAGAAGAGGCUACAGAGAGAGGCAUGGUCUCCCAUUUCCACCACAACCCCUGAUACCAGCGAGGCUCCCAGGACUAGAAAAACCUCCUUCUGGCAACGCUGGUCUCUUCAUAACAAGAAAAGCCCUCCAGGGGAUGUACGCUCUGGAGAUGGUGAUAGCGCAAGUCUGCAGAAGAGGCUACAGAGAGAGGCAUGGUCUCCCAUUUCCACCACAACCCCUGAUACCAGCGAGGCUCCCAGGACUAGAAAAACCUCCUUCUGGCAACGCUGGUCUCUUCAUAACAAGAAAAGCCCUCCAGGGGAUGUACGCUCUGGAGAUGGUGAUAGCGCAAGUCUGCAGAAGAGGCUACAGAGAGAGGCAUGGUCUCCCAUUUCCACCACAACCCCUGAUACCAGCGAGGCUCCCAGGACUAGAAAAACCUCCUUCUGGCAACGCUGGUCUCUUCAUAACAAGAUAAGCCCUCAAAGUGAUGUACGCUCUGGGAAUGGCGAAAGCUUAAGUCUUCAGAAGAGCCAGCAGACAGAAGCACCCUCUCCUUCUACCAUCACAACCAGCGAGGCUCCUAGAACUAGAAAAACCUCCUACUGGAAUUGUUGGCGUCUUCUUAACAAGAAAAAGCAGAGCCAUCUCCAACAAGAUGUGGACGCGGUCACAAUCCAUUCACCCUCAGUGACAGAAAUGAGUUGUUGCACAAGUGAGAAGUCUCAGGGAGGAGAGACUGGUGUCGAGUUCAGGGCCUCACCUGUUCUUGACAGUCCUGUCUCUGCUCACCAUGAGCCGCAUCUCCAA